AUGGCUGAGAUUAACACUUUGCAAUUCCUGUACUUGCUUUCGAGGAGGUCUUUUCCGACGGCCCUUCUUCGAACGCAGCGGGUGGGUCUCGUCAUAUUGCUCGACGAGACCCAGGACAUCAACGACCAGCUGGGCACGAGGCUCUCAGCUGCUCCAUGCCGGUGGACAGCCACACCAGCGGACGAGGUAACUCGUCUGGACGCCAUUUACGUCGCUGUGGUUCAAAAUACGCUCCACCAGAAAGCGUUGACCUUCGCUUGA